AUGGGAGAAGCAAAUCCUGAACCAGCAGAUCCCAAUAGCUUCGACUGGAUCAAAGAUAUAUGGAGAGGCAACUUCUCUCCCAAAAUGAGAAUGUUUCUCUGGUCAAUAGUUCAGAACGCUCUUCCAUUGGGAGUUCACCUGCAACACAGAGGCAUUAACUCAGAAGCGGUUUGUAAAAGAUGCAAAGAUGUUGAAACUGCUAUGCAUACAUUCUUCUUCUGCCCCUUCGCACAAAGGGUAUGGGAGCUAAUCCCCUUACACAGAGGAAUGUCGAUCGCAACAGAUAGAAACUUCAAAGACGCAAUCAUCAAAUUUCGUAAAGAUGUCUGCUUGCUACCAUCACGAGUCUCAGGAAACAUCCUCCCCUGGGUUUGUUGGGCGUUGUGGAUUGCUUGCAACACACUAAUCUUCGAGGACCAACUCUCUACACCAGAGGAAACGGCGACGAGGGCAAUACGAUCAUCGCAGGAAUGGGGACUCGCGCAAGGACUGAAGGAUCAAAUACCAAAACGCGCAGAGAACCAACCCAAUUUGAAUCAGAACCAACCUGAAAGAAACACGAUAAUGGUUUGCAAAUCGGACGCCGCAUGGGACAAAGGAUCGAACAAAGCAUGGCUAGCUUGGAUUCUCAUAGAUGCAUCGGGAAUCUGUAAACACAGAGGAGCCACAACCCAGGACUUUCUCUCCAGCCCAUUGAUCGCAAAAGCCCUAGCCCUACGAUCGGGAAUCAUCUCCGCAUCAGCGAUGGAAAUCUCGGAUCUCCAGAUGUUGUCUGACAACCAAACGCUUAUUAAAGCCAUCAACAACGACAUCCAGAACCCAGAGAUCUAUGGUAUUGUGAAAGAUAUCCAAAAGAUCUCCUCUGGUUUUGUCGAUAUCACUUUUUCUUUUGUAUCUCGCGUGUUUAACGGUGAAGCUGAUGCCUUAGCAAAAGCCACCCUAAACAGAUCUUCUGUAAUGGACCCAUGA